AUGGCUAGUGAGGAGAGUUUCGUAGUGUUGGUUCACCACAGAGGAUCCAUUAAGAGGAAAACUCGUUCUGGUGUGAAGUUCACUGAUAAGGAUCCUCUGUGUAUGAUCGUCAGGCCUACAACUAGGUAUGAGGACCUUGUUAGCUCUGUACUGCUGAAACUUGGUCUCGAAGGUCAUAUUUCAUUGUCGCCGGCAGUUUCCAGAGGUGAGGACACAGAACUGUUGGCAAAGUUGGUUGACGUGGUAUCCAGCUCGAGGGGUUCGAACCGGAAUACCACCACUUUAGCCACGUUAGCCGGUUCUAGCUCCAGACCUGCCGUUGCUUCUUCCUCCGUCCCUGCAUACGAGCCACCCGUCCAACCUAUUGCCUCCCCUUCGUUCGCUUUUGAUCUCAACGGCAGUGUAGGCGACGAGGUCGGAACAGGGGAAUUUCCACGAACCUCUUUACAUUGUGCUGCACCGGCUGGGGUUGGAAAUGGAUUUUUGGAUGAUCCAGAGGACGAUGAUGUCGAGUCGAAUAUGAUUGUUGAUGACAGUGGCGAUGAUGUCGGAGCAAGUGAGCCUGCUGGGGCGAGCGGUGAUUCUAGCUCUGGCACACAGCAGUACCCUCCAUAUUUUUCCUCUUUGUACUUAGAUGCCAUGAGGCAGGAGGGGGUUCCUGGGCAGCCGGCUAGAUUUGGCGCUAGAGAUGGUGAAGGGUCUGCAGGUCUGACAGAAUUUCAGGUUGGUCAGCAAUUUCAGGAUAAAGAUGAGGCCCUGUUAAGUGUGAAGACUUACAGCAUCCGUCGAGGGGUACAGUACAAGGUCGUGGAGUCUGACUAUCACCGGUAUGUGGGCAAGUGUUCUGAGUUCGGGAAUGGGUGCACAUGGUUGAUUUGCCUGAGUCUCCGACAGCGCAAGGGCCUUUGGGAAGUCAAACGCUACAACGGACCGCAUAUGUGUCUCGCCACCUCCAUCUCCAGCGACCACAGGACUUUGGAUUACCAUAUGAUAUCGGCAUUCAUUAUGCCAAUGGUUAGGGCUGAUGCAUCCGUCAGCAUCAAGGUGCUCCUAAAUGCCACCGCCGCACACUUUGGGUUUAGGCCGACGUAUAGGAGGGUCUGGUUAGCCAAGCAGAAGGCUGUUGCCCUCAUCUAUGGUAACUGGGAUGAGUCGUACAACGAGCUCCCAAGGUGGGUGUUAGGAGUCUAG